AUUCCACGGAGGGAAGGCAAUCCACAUUUUCAAAUUCGAUCAAAGCCGCCACCCAACUCAGUUGAGAGAAAAAAAAAAACCCUUUGAAAAUUUCUUUUGAAUUCAUACCUCAAUCUCCUCCGUCUUCUAAUAUUCAAAAUUCCCUCUACCAACCCCAAAUCCUGUGCGGAUUCAUUGAAUAGAACGAUCACCAAACACCUACAUUCUCGGUGGCUUCCUUUGCUUAGUUUUUACAAAAUUCCACUAUUUAGGACUGUUCAUAUUCCUCUAUUCCACCCACCGAGUUUCGAAAUCAAUUUUCCUGGAAACUUGGCUUUCUGGGUAACCGCAUUUUAGGAUAUUUGGGCGAUUUUGAGCGAUUAGUGUACUAAUUUUUCCCAGAGUCGUGAAGGGACUAGUCUGUGAUUUUGCCUAAUUUCUGGGUUUUUACGAUCAUGAUCUCUUCUUUGAGUCAAUCUGCAAAAUCGAUUAAUGGGUCCGACGUUGUUCUCCGGCGGAGGUCUCCGGCGCCAAUCCGGCGGUUUUCGUGUCCACCUCCAUUGCCGGUGCAGAAACCCCAAGGCGCCGUAGUCUGUAUGAAAAAUGCUCUUCAUGUCUCUUCGGUUUCGAACUUUGGGCCAUUGGGAACUCGGAAGAGUGAUUUGAUUACGAGAAAAGCUUAUGAGGCUGAUCGGUCGGAGCCGAUCGAGUCGAACAUUGAACUGACGGUGGCCGAAGCGCCGUCGGAGGCGGCGGCGAAGAAGGUUAAGAUCGGGCUGUACUUCGCUCUGUGGUGGGGUUUGAACGUGGUGUUCAACAUUUACAACAAGAAGGUUUUGAAUGCGUAUCCAUAUCCAUGGCUGACCUCCACACUUUCUCUCGCUGUUGGCUCUCUCAUCAUGUUAUUCUCUUGGAUGACCAGGAUCGCCGAGGCACCCAAGACCGAUUUUGAGUUCUGGAAGUCUCUGUUCCCGGUUGCUGUGGCCCAUACGAUUGGACAUGUAGCGGCAACCGUGAGCAUGUCAAAGGUCGCUGUCUCAUUCACUCAUAUCAUCAAGAGUGGUGAGCCUGCCUUUAGUGUACUGGUUUCAAGGUUCUUGUUGGGUGAAACUUUUCCACUUCCUGUCUAUCUCUCUCUCGUCCCGAUCAUCGGUGGCUGUGCGCUCGCUGCUGUGACUGAGCUCAACUUCAACAUGAUUGGUUUCAUGGGAGCCAUGAUAUCAAACUUGGCAUUCGUCUUCCGAAACAUAUUCUCGAAGAAAGGCAUGAAGGGGAAGUCCGUUAGUGGAAUGAACUACUACGCCUGUCUUUCGAUAUUGUCCCUUUUGAUUCUUACUCCGUUCGCCAUUGCUGUCGAAGGACCGCAAAUAUGGGCUGCUGGAUGGAAAACAGCUCUCUCUCAGAUUGGACCUAAUUUCGUAUGGUGGGUAGCAGCACAGAGUGUGUUCUAUCAUCUCUACAACCAAGUUUCUUACAUGUCGUUGGAUGAGAUUUCUCCCUUGACGUUCAGCAUUGGUAACACCAUGAAGCGUAUAUCAGUGAUAGUUUCUGCGAUCAUCAUCUUCCGCACCCCGGUCCAGCCCGUCAACGCUCUCGGAGCCGCCAUCGCCGUUUUUGGGACCUUCUUGUAUUCACAGGCAAAACAAUGAGAAUAAGAGACUCUUAGAAUUUACAUUAUUCAUCAUGUAAUAUAUAGCUGAAAUGAUUGGGACCGAAGCUGUUGAGCAGCGUCGGGGUUUUCUAUAUGGCAAUGUGACGGAUUCGACUUUACAAUUACGAAAAUUGGGUUUUGAUCUCGUAAACCAGUAGGUGCAUCUUGUGUUUAGUUAUUGAGAGAUGAAUAAGUAGCAAUUUGCUAUGCAUGAAUAAGUUUAUACAUGAAUAAAAUGAGUUGGGGAAGGCAAAUCUUUAAACUGGAUGAGGUUGGGGGGCAGGUGUGAUUCUAAAGGACAAUGGCUCAAACAAUUUUUCUUUUCUGCUUUGAUAAAUUUACAUUAUUCUGCUC